AUGGCCAUAGAGCGAGGUUUGCUCCAUCUAAAGAGUACUUACUUAAGCAAGCCUCUCUCGUCCAACAACGUGCAUUACCGCCUUCAUCAUCCGGGCGGGCGUAUCAAGCCGAUCCCAAACAUUGGAUGGAGUAGGCGGCACCAGGCCCAGUAUCUACGGGUCGAUGGCCAAAUCCUCGAGAAUAAGCGGGAUGAAACCGUUUGCAGACUGUCAGAAGCCGUGAUGGUCUCGCAAGUGUUUGAGAUUGCAGAGGCCGAAAUACUAUCCGGGCAAGUGUCGCCAAUGAGGAAGGCCGUGGACUUUAGUAAAAUACAUCCGGCUACACAGCUCCGAAAGAAACAGAUUGUCCUAGCAGGCACCAUCUUCGCCUUCAAUGGCUCUCUGGGUGCUUCACUGCCCUCGGGAGCCUCGCCGGCAAUAGCGCAGGCAUUUCAAGUAUCUGAAGAUGAUGCCCGCCUCGUGCUCCUGAAUUCGCUGUACCUCGUCGGUUUCGUGGUCGGCCCAUUGUUCUUCGGACCCCUGAGUGAAUACCUCGGGCGCCGGCCCGUCCUCAUCGCCACCUAUCUAGCGUUCACUCUGUUCACUCUGGCGUGUGCACUAGCGCCGGCGUUUGAAGCUCUGCUAGGUUUCCGGUUUCUGUGCGGGCUCAACGCGUCGGCCCCCAACGCCGUUCUCAGCGGGCUGUACAGUGACAUCUAUGAGGAUCCGGAACGACGCGGCCGUGCCAUGGCCAUUUUCAUGUUCGUGGCGAUGGCUGGCCCGAUGGCGGGGCCUUUGGUCUCCGGGUUCACGGUUCUCCUCUCGUGGCGUUGGGUAUUCUGGGUAGCGCUGAUGGCUGCUGGUGCUGGUGUUCCAGUCAUCAUAUUGCUGCCAGAGACAUACCUUCCCGUAAUUAUUCUGAAGAACGCGAUGAAGGAUUGCUCUCAGGGGGGAGACCCGUCAACCUCCCGGAGCUCAGGCCUUUUCGGCCAGGAAGAUCUUCAGUCGGCCGUUUCUCAUGCUUGUGAGAAAGCCCAUCGUUGCCUUCACAUCCCUGUACCUUGCUGUCGUGUACGGCAUACUGUUCUUGUUCUUGAUUCAUUCCACUCAACAAUGGCAGGGCUGUACCGUCUUUCGACCAGUGAUAAUGGUUUGGCAUUUAUUCCCAUGAUUUUCGGCUCCCUCCUCGGCCUAUGCCUUGUGCUUGUCUACUCCUCGAUUCAUAGCAAAGCCAUCGCAGCAAACAAAUCCUGGGCCUUGGUCGAAGAAUACCGCCGUCUGCCACUUGCAUGUGUCGGGGCCGUUUCCUGGAGUUCGUAUCGCAGACUCCACCCAGCUCUACCCAUGAUGGCUGGGAUCUUCUUUGGUUUCGGCUAUUUCCUGGUCUUCGCCGCCAUGUUGAACUACCUGACGGAUGCUUAUAAGGAAGCCUCGGCAUCCGCGCAGGCGGCCGCGAGUGCGACUAGGGCUAUAAUGGCGGUGGUUCUGCCUUUCGCCGCGACCCCAAUGUACACCCACUUGGGCAUCCACUGGGCCAGCUCACUUCUGGGGUUUUUGGCUUUUGCUCUGGCCGGGAUACCAUUUGCCUUUAUUCGGUACGGGUCGCGGCUGAGGCAGAGCAGUGGCCUUGUUGUGGAGGAGUAUUCAAAUAGACCAUAG